AUGUACGCGAAUGAGACCAACUCGUACGACUUGUUGGUGCUUAGGCUCAAGCUAACCAGCUCUUUUCCUCCCAUUGCGCUCGCAAAGGCCGACAACUCGGAUAUCACUGCUGGUGGCAACACGACAGUCACGGAUUGGGGUGUUACUUUUCUCAAGGUGGCAACCUAUCGACCAUAUUACUUCGUAUCGACGUGUCCAUGGGUGAUUUCGAGUGGCUCGUUUAUUACGGAAAAGUCAAGUGACGACGUGCUCAUUGGCGUCGUGAAUUGUAACAAUGAAUGCCGAUACUGA